GGGCAUCCUUAAUUGGAGUCUCCAUCUGACCUAACCACCGGUCACAGCGGGCGCCGAACCCGAGAACGAGAGAUGACUACUCACGCAUCUCUUGCGGCUAACGUUAGUUGACACUCACUCGGCUUCUUUGUCUUCCCCGGAGAGGCUCAAGAGCGAGGCAGUCGCACAUGGCGAUCUCCGGAGAUCUCAAGGUGUUCGUCGGGGCCUUCGCUUCUCAUCCCGGUCACCGCCCUCCUAAACCCACCGUCCCCUUUUCCAAGAUACGUUUUGGUCGUGUCCCUAAUGGAGCUAGUGACCUCAGAAUUGUGCAGAAAUGGCUACGAGCAGAAUCACCAGCCAGUAGUACAGUAAAACACAGCCAAGUGUGCCAUGGGAUGGGAGGUAACAAACUAUCACCAACAGUAAACCAAGACGCGGAAGGCUUUCUUCUAAAUGUUGUUAACAUGAGCUUCUUCGACCGCCUUAGUUUGGCAUGGAGGAUAUUAUUUCCCACGACAAAAGAGAGAAAUAAUUCUAAUGCAAGCAUCGCAAAGCAGAGGCUUAAGAUGAUACUGUUCUCUGAUAGGUGUGAUAUCAGCGAUGAAGCAAAGCAAAAGAUUGUAAGCAAUGUUAUCGAAGCCCUAUCCGAAUUUGUGGAGAUUGACUCACAGGACAAAGUUCAACUUAACAUCUCCACUGACACAGACCUUGGUACCAUCUACUCUGUAACUGUUCCAGUCCGGCGUGUGCGGCCUGGGUACCAAGAUUCUGAAGAAGAUUACAGUGGAAAAAUAUCAAACAUCGAGUACAAAGACACUGGAGAAACUUCCGGCACUGUUGAUGUCACAUUCGAUUUCUUCCUACCAAACAAGAAAUAGUCAGGGAAAACUAUAUGUUUUGAUAUGUAAAAGUGUGUUUGUGCUUCAAGGAAGAGGCUCGCCCUGCUUAUGCCGCUGUCACUUUCUGAUGUAACCAUUAAGCCUUUUGAAUCGAGUAGGUGUUUGUAAAUCUUUGGAGCUCAUAUGUUGGAUGCAGAAUUUCUGUUGAAGGCUCUGCAUUUGAUUUCA